CCAACAACUCGCAACUCGCGACGUUUGCUCAGGGUUUCUUCUGACUUUGAAGAAUUUUAGUGCAAACUUAUUGAAAUUAUUGUUUGAAAAUUAUCUGAAUCAGCAAUUACAGCGUAUUUUGUGUAGAAAAACGGGCAAUAAGAAUAAAAAAGCCAACUAAUGGAAGCUAAUGAUGUUAAAACUGUUUAUCAGUGUACAGUAUGUGAUGAGAUAUUUCAAAGAUAUGAUGAUUUAGAAAAACACAAUGAAAUACACAUUAAAGAAGAGAAAAUUAUUGAUGUCGAUGAAUAUUGUCAUCUUAAAGAAAAGAAAACUGAUGAUGUAGAUGGAUAUUGUCAUAUUAAAGAAGAGAAAACUGAAGAUAUUGAAGCUGUUUAUCAGUGUAAUUUAUGUGAUGAAGAAUUUAAAUCUGACGCCGAUUUAGAGGAACACUGUCAAAUACAUGUUAAAGUUGAGGAGACCAAUGACUUAACAGAACAGAUUUCAGAACAAUCUAAAGAUUGCAAGACAGAGCAAGACAAGAUUUUUAAAUGUGAUAUAUGUAAUAAAUCAUUUAAUGAAAGUCAGCAAUUACAAAAUCACAUCUGGAUGCACACCAAUAAAAACCCAUAUAAGUGUGGCGUGUGUGGUGAAUCUUUUAUUAAUGCCAGCCACCUGAAGCAACAUAUGGUAGCUCAUACAGGAAAAAAAAUAUAUGAGUGUGAUGUUUGUGGUAAAAGAUUAAGUUAUCUUAGCCAACUACAGACACACAUGAGAAUUCAUACAGGUGAAAGGCCUUAUAAAUGUGAUGUUUGUAGUAAAUCAUUCAUUCAGAAUAGUUAUCUACUGGUGCACAAGAGAACUCAUUCUGGCGACAAACCUUAUCAGUGUGGUAUAUGUGGCAAAUCAUUUACUACCAACAGUCCUCUACAAAACCACCUCAGAAUUCAUACUGGUGAAAAAGAUUAUAAAUGUAAUGCUUGUGGUAAAACAUUUGCCAGAAGUAAUAGUCUACAAGCACAUAUGAGAAUUCAUACUGGUGAAAAACCUUACAAGUGUAAUCAUUGUGACAAAACAUUUGCCCAAAGUAGUAGUCUACAAGCCCACAUCAAAACUACAACAGGGGUAAAAUUGUAUAAGUGUGAUGUUUGUGGUAAAUCUUUCAUUAAUCUUAGCAAUCUAAAAGGACACCAGAUAACUCAUACCGGAAUAAAACCAUAUAAAUGUGAUGUUUGUGGUAAAUCAUGCAGCCACAAAAGUCAUCUACAGAGACAUAUUAGAACGCAUACAGGCGAAAAACCAUAUAAGUGUGAUGUUUGUGGUAAAUCUUUCAGCGACACAAGUAAUCUACGGAACCACAUUAGAAAUCAUACUGAAGAACAAAUCUUACAAAUGUGAUGUUUGUGGUAAAUCUUUCAGCGACACAAGUAAUCUACGGAACCACAUUAGAAAUCAUACUGAAGAACAAAUCUUACAAAUGUGAUGUUUGUGGUAAAUCUUUCAGCGACACAAGUAAUCUACGGAACCACAUUAGAAAUCACACUGAAGAACAAAUCUUACAAAUGUGAUGUUUUUGGUAAAUGUUUUAUUACUAGGAUGGAGCUUAAAAAUACACAAAAGAACUCAUAAAAAAAGUGGUAGAAGACUACAACAACUUUCGUAAAGUAGCUGGAGAACAAAUCUUACAAAUGUGAUGUUUUUUGGUAAAUGUUUUAUUACUAGGAUGGAGCUUAAAAAUACACAAAAGAACUCAUAAAAAAGUGGUAGAAGACUACAACAACUUUCGUAAAGUAGGUCUAAAGUAGCUGGAGGCUAGUAGUCGGAGAACAUCUAAACUGGUAUCUCAGUGAUACAUAAGGGGUUCAGGAAGAAGAUGAAAUAGGUAGAAAGGCAACCCCUUUAACCAGAGAAGAUAGACGAACUCCUGGUAGAUUAUAAACUAAUUUAUUCUAAACGUUUCGAACUAAAGGUGUCCCUCAGCGGAAGGACACCUUUAGUCCGAAACAUUUAGAAUAAAUUAGUUUAUAAUCGAGGAAGGACACCUUUAGUCCAAAACAUUUAGAAUAAAUUAGUUUAUAAUCUACCAGGAGUUCGUCUAUCUUCUCUGGUUAAAGGGGUUGCCUUUCUACCUAACAGAACUCAUACUGGCGGAAAACCUUUUAAAUGUGAUGUAUGUAAUAAAUCAUUUACUACAUGUAACUGCUGUAGUCUGUAGAAACACACCAGCAGUCGUACUGGAGAACAAACAACUUUUUAACUGUUCCGUUCUCAGUAUAUUAUUCACUAACAGCAGUACUCUGUUGAAACACUCUAGGAUUCAUAUUGGAAAAAAACAUUUUAGCUGUUCUGUUUGCAGUACUCUGUUGUAGCUCUCUAUGAAUCUACUGGAGAAACCCGUUAUAAAUGUGAUGUUUGUUGUAAAUUGUUUGCAGUAGCUGGUACUCUGAAGCAUCACAUGGGAAUUCAAACUGGAAAAAACCCUUUAAACUGUGAUGUUUGUCUUAAAUAAUGUUGUUGACCUCUUUGAUGUAUUAUUGAUCUAUAAAGUUAUAAAUAA